AAUUAAGAAGUGACAGUGACGUUUGACGUUAGUAUCUCAAUAUUUCAUUUUCAAAAUAUCUGCGUUCUGUGUAUAAGUAUCGUGGAUAUUUUCUUAGCAGUAAACACAGCAACACAAGUCAAAUUUUAUGACAAUUUAUUGAGAUAAUGUUAUUCUGCCCAACGUGCGCCAAUAUUCUUAUUGUAGAAGAGCGGCCUGAGAGUGGUUUACGUUACGCAUGUAACACGUGCCCUUAUGUAUAUGAUAUUAAAAAAAAAGUGUCUUAUCGGACAUUCCCUAAAUUGAAGGAACUUGAUUAUAUUAUGGGCGGAGCUGCCGCUUGGGAGAACGUGGAUUCUACUGACGCAGUUUGCCCUAAGUGUGGACAUGGUAGAGCAUACUUCAUGCAGCUCCAGACUCGUUCCGCUGAUGAACCCAUGACCACAUUCUACCGUUGCUGUAACCACGAAUGUGCACACAACUGGCGUGAUUAAACUCCCAAUUUGUUUAA